AUGCAAGAUGUGUUUACGACUUGGAUGUCACAUUCGACUGGGAUUGUACCAGUACUGACCUUGAAACGUUCGAGAGUGCCUAAAAGGUGUCAAGUGUAUCGAUUCUUCGGCUUGACCUCGGACGGCAUCAAGAAAGCAUCAGCAGGAGGCUACUUUUAUCAUCCACCCGAUAUGAAAUCCUUGUCCGUAUCAUUGGACUUGCCAAUGAAGCCUCGAUGUAUAGGAGCUAGUGAUUUUCAAAUACUUGUAAACUCGCUCAAGACCAACACAACCUUAGUCUCUUUAGACUUGGAGCCCAAUUUGAUUGGAAAUGAGGGAGUUCUGGCGCUGUCAGAGGCACUCAAGGACAACUCAAUUGGAAGGAAAGGAGCCUUGGCGCUCUCAGAAACACUCAGGGCCAACACAGCCUUGACUACUUUGCGCUUGAAAAACAACUUAAUUGGGAAUGAAGGGGCUCUGGCAAUGUCAGAGGCGCUCAAGACCAAGACGAAUUUGACCACCUUGCGCUUGAGAAGCAACUCGAUUCGGAAAGAGAGCACAUUAGCACUCUCAGAAGCGUUCAAGCCCAACGCGGCCCUAAAUGAGGAGGGCCUCGCUCGAUAA